AUGGCAGGCCUCAGACAGAGGGGCAUCUAUGUUCAAAGGUGGAGGGUGCGAGAGGCCAUAGUAAGAGUAGACCCGAUCAACCGUGCAAAUAGGUGGGGACAGAGAAUAGUUAGGAGACCUUACAGUGUCCCUCAUCCAAACUUCCUGUGGCACAUGGACAGUAAUUUAAAAUUAUGUCACUGGCGGAUGUGCAUCCAUGGCUGCAUUGACGGAUUUUCGCGAUGUAUAAUUUACCUCGAUGUUCACAACAACAAUAGAGCAAGUACUGUCCUCACCUCGUUUCAGCAGUCAACAAAUGAAUGGGGUGUCCCAUCGAGAGUUCGAGCCGACAACGGAGGAGAAAAUGUGGCUGUCAGAGAUUUCAUGGUCUUUUUUCGAGGUGAAAAUCGGGGCAGUUUUUUGACAGGGCCUAGCACACGGAACACCAGAAUAGAACGCCUUUGGAGAGAUGUUGUGGAAAGUGUUGUGACUGUGUUUACAUCUUUGUUUUUGUUUAUGGAGGCUAGACACAUUUUGGACCCUACAUGUGAACGUGAUAUGUUGGCCUUGCACUAUGUCUUCCUUCCGAGAGUGCAGAGACUGUUAGACAGAUUUACUCAACGCUUCAACUUUCAUUCUGUCUCAACUGAACGUAACCGAACACCCCGGCAACUGUGGGCCUCCGGGUGCCUCAGAAAUUUCAACUCCCCAAAUGCUGGUAUACGUGAUGUUCUGGACACUGACAAUUCCAUACCGGAGGAUAUGGACAUGUAUGGGCAUGAUCCUGAUGCUCCACUGCCUGAUCCUCAAGAAGAUGAGGAGGGAGUGGUGAUUGCAAACAUAGACUUUGAACUAUCAGAGGAGGCUAAUGCUGCUUUAACACAGAACUUUACUCCUCUGAUGGAAGACAACAACUAUGGCAUUGAAAUAUAUUUACAAGUUCGGGAAUUCAUUGCAAGGAUCAUUCAAGAGGAACAAUAG